GUUUCAAAUCACUUUUCUGUAUCUUAUUUUGUUGAUCAUUUUCAAUAAAAUUUCUACUCUUCCUCAUACUGGACAAGAAAACUACUUUUCAUAUCUCUCUUCUACGUGUUAUUUUCACUCGUACUUCACUUUUAAUUUUUGACUAACUUAUAUUAUCUUUGUUACUAAUACAGUAACCUUUAUUUUCGACUAUAUUAUCUGCGAAGUAACUAUAGAUACGGUUAUACUAAUCCAGUAAAUGACAUCAUCAAAAUUAACAUUCCCCUUGUUUCACUGUCUUGAUUUUGUUCAACAACGUAAUGGUUCUUUUCCGUUGUUUUAAAACAUAUGAAUUCCUUGGAAAAUACAGUUUUAAUGGAGUUAAGUACCUAUGACCGAUGAUGAUGACUCUUUUAUGAUAAUAGAAACCUUUGCUAUCGUAGUUGAAUUGUUAAAAUUACUGAAGUGACUGACAUAUGAUAAUUUCCUCACGCAAAUAAUUUCUAAUCACAAGCCUGUUAUGGAUUCUGAGGUAUAAUGUACCAAUCAUUAUCAUGUUAAGUCUAAUGAUGUCCUUGGACGUUAAAUGGACAUUUCCUAUUGGCCGUUAUUUAUUUCACUCGUUAAAUAUUGUGUAAAUGUUGUUCUCUAUUUUAUGGUACGAUGUGGUUUGUUUGUUUGGUAUAUAAAUAGAGUAUGGCUGAAAUAUAAUGAUUCAUUACUCAGAGGCUGUGACUUGCAUUCUAGACUCAACUGGCUGGGCUAGACAGGGGAGUGGGACCAAUCAGAACCCUAGGCCGUUCAUUACGUGUUUUCCGUUUCACUGAAUCGAUCAAUAAAACGCUGCUCCAUCUAACCUGCAAUCCACCCGUUACAACAAAGCCAAUAAAUUUCAGAAAACGUAGUAACUUAGUAAAUUCGAAAUCAACAUAAUCAUGACACAUCAGUUAACAAAUGAUCAUCAAAUGAUAAGAGAAUGAAUAUUAAGUAAUAAUCAACAUGAAUUUACUUUUUCCCAACUAAGUACUGAAUAUUAUCUUUCUACUAUGGGAAAGAGUUAUAUCUGGAUUUGAAAUGCCAUAAAACAACAGAUUACACAAAAUUAGUAUUAAAAUGAGCUUAAUUGUCAACUACAUAAGAUUUUCUACAGUUACUUUUGCUAACGUACUAUUUUCGUUCUUUCUUUUUUGUUGUUGAAAAUCUCCAGGUGAUAACGAAUUUGUGCAAAUCACAACAAAAUCAUGUUUGAAAAAAAUGGCUAAAUAUUUUAGUGAUAAUGGUCAAAUCUGUCGAAUUUAUACUAUUCCUCAUUUGUACUCCGAUGCAAAACCUCUUAAUUCAUUUUUCAGUUUUUGUAGAGCUGAUGAAUUACCAAAUAUUUUAAUACAACCACUUACUAUUGAACAUGAAAGAUUGAAUGAAACAUGGUUACAAACUCGAUGUAAAUUAUGUGAAAAAUUCAAAUGGUCAGGUGAACGAUAUACUUGUUUAUUUUGUCCAAAUAUAGUCUUAUGCAGAGAAUGCUUUUAUACAGGUUAUCAUAAAGAACAUCCUCUUUUAUGUACUCGUAAUAAUAAAUUAUUUUCACAGAAAUUAUUACAAUGUUCACGUUUAGCUGUAGCAUCAGUACCAUGGAAGAAUACAUUACCAAAAGUUAACAGAGAUCCGGAAACUGAUGAUAGAAUAAGACAAUCAAUUAGUAUGAUACAAAAUAAAGAGAAUAAUUAUUUCAAUCAAAAAGAUGAAGUUUCAAAGAGUGAAAAACAAAACAAACGAAUAACAUUGUUUAAGAAAUCAGCUUAAAUGGAUUGUUAUUGAAAUAAAUUUUCGUUAUUCUGUUCACAAUAAUCAUAGUUUGGUUGAGUCAAGAAUUGUAACAUAUUGUUCAACUAAAAUAAAACAUGCUAUUAAAUAAGAUAUUUCUCUAUUUACUGAGCGAAUUUUCAUUCUUGUUAUUUAUGAAUAAUGACUUUAAGAAAU